AUGCCUUCUUUCAAUGAAAUAUUUCCAGUCAGUAGACUAUACUUGCUAUUCCAAUCACAUACAGGCCUAGGGUUGUCCACUAAGAGAAGGUUGUCUUCAAGCCAUAGAAGCACUAUCGAGCCCUGGAGCUGUGGUGACAGUGCCGUCCCAGCCACCGGCGUCCUCUUCCAUGCCAUGGCCAUCCAGGAGGAGUGCCACGGCUAUCGCAGUUCUCCCCAUGCCAUCCUCCUGGAUGUUGAUCGUGUCCUUGCACCGGCGGCAGCUGGAGCCUGGUACGUCCAGAGAGGCAUGGCCUUGGAUUGGAGCAUUGCAGUCAUCGAUCCACUUCGUGAUAGCCAUGAGGUAGGGUGGCGUAGAACUCAGCCCCGUGAGCUGCAGUUCACCAGUUCAUUCCUCAGCUGUAAGCCUAGCAAGAAGGAAAAUGGUUUGUGCUAUAUAUACGACUGA